AUGUAUCGAAAUUCUCUUCCAAAUUUCAAAAAAAGUUCAAAUAGCCGUAAUGGAUUUAAAGUUAGAACACAACAAAGAAUUGGGAAUAUAUCUAAUUUAUUGAAGCAAAUAAAUACAGAUGUCCUUUCAUUAAAUAAUUACUCUUCUUCCGAUUCCUUGGCAUCAAUUCCGCCAAAUACUGUUCGUUCAAUAUCUCCACCACUCUCAACUGCCAGUCUUCCCCAUCGACGACCUCAAUCAGUAUUUAAUCAACAAUUACCACCUCCAACUACAAGUAGAAGUAUAAAUACAUUACCUGGUGAAAUUACUGGAGGAAAUAUAUCCUCUUCUCCUCCUUUGACUAUUUUUGAAGAAAAUAAAAUGAAGGAAAUAAAUAAAGAAGAUUUGAGAGAAGAAAAAGAAAAAUUGGAAGAGAAUAAAGAAGAAGAAAUUAAUGGAGAUAAGACGGUUAAUGUUGAAAAUGAAGAGAAGAACCCCACACAAUCUCCUCCUCUUCCUUCACCUUCAAAUAAAAAUAUAGAAACUACUAAAAUAAUUGUAGAACAAGCAGAUUCAAUUUCCUUUGAAGAAAAAAAUAAUUUAUUAACACUAGAAUCCCCACCAAGCCCCUCUCCAUUUCUUCGUUCUCCUUCGCCUUCCCCAGCUUUAUUGUCUUCAAGUUCUCCAUUUUCAUUUUCUAGUUCCCAAAUGUCUUUUAUUAUUCGAGAAAAAUUGCACGAAUUCGCAAAAGAUUUGAGGAGGAGAACUUCUGCUGUACGUGAAGAACUUUGUAGAGAGCCAACCCCGACAGAUGAACAGGCUGAAGAAGACGAAGAUGAAGAUAAGGAUGAAAAGAGAAGAAAAAGUGGGGAGAGAAGGCCUGAUCAGGCAUCUUUAAUGUCUUUGAUUGGAUUACAUCAAGAAGUGGAAUCAGAUGAAAUUGUUGAUGUUCCUUCACGUCUACUUCCCUCCAACAUUGACCCAUUUAGUAAAUUAUAUGUUAGUUGGUUAUCUUUUGUUUUAAUUGCUUUUUUAUAUAAUUCUUUUGUAAUUCCUUUAAGAUGUUCUUAUCCAUAUCAAACUCGUUCAAAUCUUCGUUAUUGGUUAUUUGGUGAUUAUAUUUGUGAUUUAAUUUAUUUGGUUGAUUUAACUUUAAUUAAAUCUAGAUUAACUUUUAUGAGAGACGGUAUUAAUGUUAAAAGUCCUCCUGAAAUGCUACAUCAUUAUUUAACUAGUGGUGUAUUUAAACUUGAUUUAUUUUCAUUACUUCCAUUGGAUAUUUUGUAUAUAUGGACAGGCCCAAUUUGUGCUUGGAGAAUAUUUCGUUUACUUAAAUUACCUUCUUUUUGGGAAUUUUUUGAAUUAUUAGACAGUUCAUUUUCUAAUCCAUAUGCUAUUAGAAUUGCAAAAACUUUUUGUUAUAUGAUUUAUAUAAUACAUUGUAAUUCUUGUGUUUAUUAUGUUUUGAGUGCUUGGCAAGGUUUUGGACAAAUACCUUAUAAUUAUAAAGGAAAAUGGUAUUUAAAUAAAUGGGUUUAUAAUAAUGAAGGGAAUGCUUAUAUUCGUUGUUUUUAUUUUACUGCUGCUGUAGCAACUUCUACGGGAAAUAAUCCAGCCCCAACAAAUGUUAUAGAAUAUAUUUAUAUGACAUUUUCUUGGAUGAUGGGUGUUUUUGUUUUUGCGUUAUUAUUGGGGCAAAUAAGGGAUAUUGUUUCUAAUGCUAAUAAAAAUAAUGAAGAAUUUAGAACUACUAUGGAUAGAGCCCUAAGCGAAUGUAAACGUUUGGGAUUACCAGAACAUUUAACAGCUAGAGUACGUGCCUGGUUUUUAUAUACAUGGGAACAACAACGAACAUUAGAAGAAAAACGUUUGGUGGAAAAAUUGCCGUUAAAAUUACAAACAGAUUUAGCUUUAUCUGUUCAUUAUAAUACUUUAAGUAAAGUUAAAUUAUUUCAAGAUGCAGAUAGAGCAUUUAUGAGAGAUUUGGUUUUACGUCUUCGUCCAGUAAUAUUUUUGCCCGGAGAUAUUAUUUGUAGAAAAGGGGAUGUUGGGAAAGAAAUGUAUAUUGUAAAUAAUGGAAUAUUGGAAGUUGUUGGGGGAGAAAAUAAUGAAAUUGUUUUUGCUACAUUAACUGAAGGAAGUGUUUUUGGAGAAAUUAGUUUAUUGGCAAUUGGCGGAAAUAAUCGUAGAACAGCAAAUAUUCGUUCAAAGGGAUACUCAACAUUAUUUGUUUUAUCAAAAGAAGACUUAAAUGAUGUAAUCAAAGAUUAUCCAGAUGCUCAACAAUUAUUGAAGAAAAAAGCUCGUCAAAUGCUUCGAAAAGACGAAAAAGGUAAAAAAGGGGCAGAAGAAUCUAAAAAGAAUUUAAUUGAACGUUGUAGAGUAUCUUGUGAUUUAAGAACACCUAGAAUGUUGUCUGCUGUUGCCCAAUUACUUCCAUCAAAAUCAAAAACUGUUAAACAAUUAUUAGAACAACCAGAAAUUAAAGAAGAUAAACAAAAGAAAAAAUAUUUAAAACGUUGGAGUACUAUCCCCUAUGAAUUUUCUGAUGCCUCGGAUAUAAUGGAGGAACGUAAAAGGAAACAACCUUUGAGUGAUAGAAAGGAAAAAAUUAAUUAA